AUGGCGGACUCGAAAGUGAAGGACAUGGGCCUGGCCGAGUUCGGCCGUAAGGAGCUCACUCUGGCCGAGCAUGAGAUGCCUGGCCUCAUGGCGGCACGCAAGGAGUUCGGCCCUUCGCAGCCUUUCAAGGGCAUGAACAUCAACGGCUCCCUGCACAUGACCAUCCAGACCGGCGUUCUGAUCGAGACGCUGGCUGCCCUGGGUGCCAAGGUACGUUGGUGCUCGUGCAACAUCUUCAGCACGCAGGACCACGCGGCAGCUGCCAUCGCGAAAGCAGGCACUUCCACGGUCUUCGCGUGGAAGGGCGAGACGCUGCCGGAGUACUGGUGGUGCACCGAGCAGAUGAUGACCGUGCCGGGAGCUGAUGGCUGCGACCAGCUGGUGGACGAUGGCGGCGAUGCCACUCUGCUGAUCCACAAGGGCAAGGAGUUCGAGGAGAAGUUCGCCAAGGACGGCAGCCUGCCAGAUCCUUCCAGCACUACCAACGCCGAGUUCAAGUGCAUCUUGCAGCUGCUCAGGGACUCGAUCCAGGUGGACAAGACCAAGUACACCCGCAUGGCAGCCAAGUGCAAGGGUGUCAGCGAGGAGACCACCACCGGUGUGCACCGUCUGCGCGAAAUGGCGGCCAAGGACGAGCUGCUCUUCCCGGCCAUCAACGUCAACGACUGCGUUACCAAGAGCAAGUUCGACAACGUGUAUGGCUGCCGCCACUCUCUGCCGGACAGCAUCAUGCGCGCCACGGACGUGAUGAUCGGCGGCAAGCGUGCCCUCGUGGCCGGCUACGGCGAUGUGGGCAAGGGCUGCGCCUUCGCCAUGCGUGGAGCCGGCGCACGGGUGCUGAUCACGGAGAUCGACCCCAUCUGCGCACUGCAGGCGUGCAUGGAGGGCUUCCAGGUCGUGACCCUUGAGGAGUGCGUGGGUGAGGUGGACAUCUUCACCUCCGCCACUGGCAACUUCAAGAUCAUCACCCUGGAGCACAUGAAGAAGAUGAAGAACAACGCCAUCGUGUGCAACAUUGGCCACUUCGACAACGAGAUCGCCAUGGAGGAUCUGGAGAAGUGCCCUGGCGUCAAGGUGGAGAACAUCAAGCCGCAGGUGGAUCGCUUCGUCUUCCCGGAUGGCCACGGCGUCAUCGUGCUGGCCUCCGGCCGCCUUGUGAACCUUGGCUGUGCCACCGGCCACCCCUCCUUCGUGAUGUCUUGCUCUUUCACCAACCAGGUGCUGGCCCAGCUGGACAUCCUGGAGAACUGCACCAAGGCUAAGAACUACAAGAACGAUGUGUACCUGCUGCCCAAGAAGCUGGAUGAGAAGGUGGCCGCACUCCACCUGCCUUCGCUGGGCGCCAGCAUGACGAAGCUGAGCAAAGAGCAGGCCGACUACAUCGGCGUGCCUGUUGAGGGCCCUUUCAAGCCGGACACGUACCGCUACUAA